AUGAUGACGAAGAGUUCAGAUGAAAGUGACGACAGUGAAACAAUAAAGAAGAUCGAGGAAGCAGCCGAACUUGCCAGAGACUUUUUAGAAAGAGGUGAACGCAUUAAGGCUUUGGAGUUAACCGAGAAAACGAUUUCUGAUCAUAGGAAUCACGAAAGUUGCUUUUCUCACCACGAACUGCAAGGUGAUACCUUUUUUGCGCUAGCCUAUGAAACAGAUAACACCGACGUCAAAUGCGUAUACUUGUUUGCUUCUGUCGAUGCAUAUUCAGUGUCUAUUCUUCUGUGUCCUGACGCUUUGAGGUCCUUUCGUGGCUAUGCUCGUUCGAUGAUCCAGUUGGGUGAUCAGCUUCGGAUAAACAAGUUUUAUAAGAAAGCUGCGACCAAAGCAAAAUGGGGAGUGUUAGUUACGCAACCUCAAGGACCGUGGACAUCCCUAUUAGGCUAUAGUGAAAGCUUGAAGACAGAACUUUAUACGUUCAUAGAUCUUGCAACAAAGAAGAUGCAUGCGGCUGUGACUGUUUCCGAUACAGGUACUUUGGCUAAUCGGAUGGUAACGAUAAAGAAAGAUCCUUCUUUUGAUCUAUUGAAGACCUUUUGGGUUAAUCUGGAUGACAAGACCAAAAGAGAACUUUUGGUGGUAGAUUCUAGAAAGCUUAUAGACUAUGUAGAGAAUAAGUAUGUUGACAAAGUGAAAGAAGAUUUUGGGAAAUGUGUAUCCGUUGCCAAUAAUCUUCGAUGGAGAUACUGGAAGUGCCACAUUUGUUCUCAGGUAUACUACUGUUUUACAGAUUGCCAGAGGCACAUCUUAGAUAACCAUGUGCAAAAAUUUGUACCCGAUCCCAGUGCUCGUCCUAAGUGUGUGGAUAAGGUAUUAGCUGACAUGAUAUGUUGUGGGAAAUGGGAGCCUGUGAAUACAGUAGCGGCAGCAAAUCUGAUCAAGGAUAGAGCUAAGCGCGGGGAAGAGUUUGUUUAUGUUAAUGGAUGGUGUAGUGAUUGGCCUGAAGCUAAGGAUGAAGAGCGGAGUAAAAUACUCAAACAGUUUGCUCAGGUUCUUAAAUCUUCUUGUAAUGAAAAUGAUACUCUUUCAUGUACCCUUUGGGACUCGUUGAUAUAUUACACAGAAAGGAAUCUGCAACUACUUGAAGUUCCUGGGAGCUAUCUUGAUAAAUGUAGCUUCUUUAAGAACCCUCAGUGCAUCUGCUUCUUAGAUCUUAAGCACCUUGAACACAUCCUCAACUAUUUUAGACAGCUCACCACAGAUGUCCGCGCGAGUUUAGUUCCAAAAGUAGUGAAUAGGUUCUGGGAAAAUUCCCGGGUCAAGGAAACAAUCGGUAUUGAGCGACUUACAUCUAAUCUGCUUCUUGAUGGGAGACUGCUGUGUGAAGAAGAGCAUCAUUUUGAUGACACAGGGAGUGUAGAGACUUUUAAGUCCAGUGGAAUUUAUGAGCAUGUGAUACCUGAGGGGGACAAGAUGGUCUCCUGGGUUCUCGACUGCCCAGAAAUGGAUGAGAAACUUGUGUCUCAAAUGGGAGAGGGCGAAAGCUACUAUGAUAAGAGACAUAGAAUGGUAACCUAUGAUAAGAUGUUGGGUGAGGCUGAAACCAUUUGUAACAGAGAAGACAAUAGGAAGAAUGUUAAUCAGCGGAGCACAUAUGCGUCAGCGCUGCGAAUGAAGUGUGAGGAGCUUGUAGUGAUACAAGAUGAUGAUACCAAAUGUUUCUUGAAUGUUGUAAGAGAUGUUCUUGAAAGAGCACCUUCUCCAAAAUAUGAAGUAUUAACCGACAAAGAGUAUAUGGAGAGUAUAUCUGGGCUAUCUACUGCUGUUCAAAAUGACAUUGUUAUAAAAAGUCUGUGGAAGCUACGAAAAUUUCUGACAAAGAAGUUCCAUUUGAUUGAUUCAAAGAUAUUGCUGAACGAAUUUACACAAGGAGAGCUACAUGAAUUCCCAAAGCUAUCAGCAAUUGAGUAUCGCAUGGUGGUCCUUCCGUUUGUGAAAAAGUUUUUACAGGGUAAACUGAAGAAAAUGAUCAUGAAAACUAAAGAAGAUGACUUCAGUUACUGAACUAGAAGCUAAGAAGAGAGCUCUGUAAAAGAGGGCUACAAUUUUUGAGGAUCAUUCUUGCAGAUGAAGAAGAUAAACUUCGAGUAGGAGUUGUUUAGAAAACAGUCUUUUAUGUUCUCGGGAAAACUUUGUACCCGAGAGAAAACUAGUCUGAAAAGUUCUAGUUUGUUUUAGGAUCUGAUGCAUAUACGUUUGUGUGUCUCAAGAGAGAUUGAGAAACACAUUGAGAAGUGGUGAGAACACAUUUUUAUC